GCGGCGGGGGCGGUCUCUGCCGAGUGCCCAGCUGCGGCGGCAGAGCUGGACGCGUCUGCGAAGAUGGCGGGCCGGAGUAUGCAAGCUGCAAGAUGUCCUACAGAUGAAUUAUCUUUAUCUAACUGUGCUGUUGUGAAUGAAAAGGAUUUCCAAUCUGGCCAGCAUGUGGUCGUGAGGACCUCCCCCAACCACAGGUACACAUUCACACUGAGGACCCACCCGUCUGUGGUUCCAGGGAGCAUUGCGUUCAGCUUACCUCAGCGAAAAUGGGCUGGACUUUCUAUUGGGCAAGAAAUAGAAGUGUCCUCUUAUACAUUUGACAAAGCCAAACAAUGUAUUGGCACAAUGACCAUGGAGAUUGAUUUCCUGCAGAAAAAGAGUAUUGACUCCAACCCUUAUGAUACUGACAAGAUGGCUGCAGAAUUUAUUCAGCAGUUCAACAACCAGGCGUUCUCAGUGGCACAACAGCUCGUGUUCAGCUUCAAUGAAAAGCUUUUUGGCUUACUGGUAAAGGACAUUGAAGCCAUGGAUCCAAGCAUUCUGAAGGGAGAGCCUGGGACGGGUAAAAGGCAGAAGAUUGAAGUAGGAUUGGUUGUUGGAAAUAGUCAAGUUGCAUUUGAAAAAGCAGAAAAUUCAUCACUCAAUCUUAUUGGCAAAGCUAAAACCAAGGAAAAUCGCCAGUCUAUCAUCAAUCCUGACUGGAACUUUGAAAAAAUGGGAAUAGGAGGUCUGGACAAGGAAUUUUCAGAUAUUUUUCGACGAGCAUUUGCUUCCCGAGUAUUUCCCCCCGAGAUUGUGGAGCAGAUGGGUUGCAAACAUGUUAAAGGCAUCCUGUUAUAUGGGCCUCCAGGUUGUGGUAAGACGCUGUUGGCUCGACAGAUUGGCAAGAUGUUGAAUGCAAGAGAACCCAAAGUGGUCAAUGGGCCAGAAAUCCUCAACAAAUAUGUGGGAGAAUCAGAGGCUAAUAUUCGUAAACUGUUUGCUGAUGCUGAAGAGGAGCAGAGGAGGCUUGGUGCUAAUAGUGGUUUGCACAUCAUCAUCUUUGAUGAAAUUGAUGCCAUCUGCAAGCAGAGAGGGAGCAUGGCUGGCAGCACGGGAGUUCAUGAUACCGUCGUCAACCAGUUGCUGUCCAAAAUUGAUGGGGUAGAGCAGCUGAACAACAUCUUAGUCAUUGGAAUGACCAACCGACCAGAUCUGAUAGAUGAGGCUCUUCUUCGACCUGGAAGACUGGAAGUUAAAAUGGAAAUAGGCUUACCAGAUGAGAAAGGUCGGCUGCAGAUCCUUCACAUCCACACGGCAAGGAUGAGAGGGCAUCAGUUACUCUCUGCUGACGUAGACAUUAAAGAACUGGCUGUGGAGACCAAGAACUUCAGCGGCGCUGAACUGGAGGGUCUGGUGCGAGCAGCACAGUCCACUGCCAUGAACAGACACAUAAAGGCCAGUACUAAAGUAGAAGUGGACAUGGAGAAAGCAGAGAGCCUACAGGUGACAAGAGGAGACUUCCUUGCUUCUUUGGAAAACGAUAUCAAACCAGCAUUUGGCACAAACCAAGAGGAUUAUGCAAGUUACAUAAUGAAUGGUAUCAUCAAAUGGGGUGAUCCAGUUACUCGAGUUCUAGAAGAUGGGGAGCUACUGGUUCAACAGACUAAAAACAGUGACCGCACACCAUUGGUCAGCGUCCUUUUAGAAGGCCCUCCUCACAGUGGGAAGACUGCUUUAGCUGCAAGGAUUGCAGAGGAAUCCAACUUCCCCUUCAUUAAGAUCUGUUCUCCUGAUAAGAUGAUUGGCUUUUCUGAGACAGCCAAGUGUCAGGCCAUGAAGAAGAUCUUUGAUGAUGCAUACAAAUCCCAGCUCAGUUGUGUAGUUGUGGAUGACAUUGAGAGGCUGCUUGAUUAUGUCCCUAUUGGCCCUCGAUUUUCUAAUCUGGUAUUGCAGGCUCUUCUUGUGUUACUGAAAAAAGCACCUCCUCAGGGCCGCAAGCUUCUUAUCAUCGGGACCACUAGCCGCAAAGAUGUCCUUCAGGAGAUGGAGAUGCUUAACGCUUUCAGCACCACCAUCCACGUGCCCAACAUCGCCACGGGAGAGCAGCUGCUAGAGGCUUUGGAGCUGUUGGGCAACUUCAAGGAUAAGGAACGUACAACAAUUGCACAGCAAGUCAAAGGGAAGAAGGUCUGGAUCGGAAUCAAGAAGUUACUAAUGUUGAUCGAGAUGUCCCUGCAGAUGGACCCUGAAUACCGUGUGAGAAAAUUCUUGGCCCUCUUAAGAGAAGAAGGAGCUAGCCCCCUGGACUUUGAAAAUGAACUAUUUUCCAACGCAAAGUGACCAAGAGAAGUGACCAAGGUGAAGAUGGCCUGGGAUCUUCGCUCAACUUCCUCAAGAUACUGGACAAAGUGAAAUGUUCCCCACCUUCACCACAUGCUCACUCUGCAUGAUUCGUGCAAUAAAACUCCCUUCCUUGUGCUUAUUGA